AAAAAGAGCGAAACGGAAGAGCAGAGACACAGACGCAAGAACUCAAUGAACAUGCAGAAUAAAGAGAACCGGGAACCCCGAGCUCUGCAAACACAGGUUGCUGCUGUUGUUCCUCUCAGAGUCGGUAUGAAUCCAGACACACACGCUGUUACAGGUCCUGGGAGAGUCCCUGUGAAGUCAAGCACAAAGAAGUUCUCCAUGAAGGACUUCGACAUCGGCCGGCCGCUCGGGAAGGGCAAGUUUGGUAACGUGUAUCUGGCGCGCGAGCGGAAGCUGAAGGUCAUCGUGGCUCUGAAGGUGCUGUUCAAGUCUCAGAUGGAGAAGGAAGGUGUGGAGCAUCAGCUGAGGAGAGAGAUCGAGAUCCAGUCUCACCUCAGGCAUCCCAACAUCCUGCGCUUCUACAACUACUUCCAGGACAACGCGCGAGUGUUUCUGGUCCUGGAGUACGCUCCGCGGGGAGAGAUGUACAAAGAGCUGCAGCGCUGCGGACGCUUCGACGAUCAGCGCUCCGCCACCUACAUGGAGGAGCUGGCGGACGCGCUUCUGUACUGCCACGAGAAGAAGGUGAUCCACAGAGACAUUAAACCUGAGAACCUUCUGCUGGGAUACCGAGGAGAACUCAAGAUCGCAGACUUCGGCUGGUCCGUCCACGCACCGUCUCUCAGACGGCGGACGAUGUGCGGGACUCUGGACUAUCUGCCGCCGGAGAUGAUCGAGGGCCACACUCACGAUGAGAAGGUGGAUCUGUGGUGCAUUGGUGUGCUGUGUUACGAGUGUUUGGUGGGAAACCCUCCGUUCGAGACGGCCAGCCACACAGAGACAUACAAGCGCAUCACUAAGGUGGAUCUUCAGUUUCCCAAGCUGGUUUCUGACGGCGCUCGUGAUCUGAUCUCGAAGCUGCUGCGUCACAGUCCGGCCAUGCGUCUGCCGCUGCGGAGCGUGAUGGAGCACCCCUGGGUCAAAGCCAACUCACGCCGGGUCCUGCCGCCCGUCUGCAACCCGCACCACUGAUGCACUCCGCUCAAGGACCUGUUUGAGACACGCAGGCCUGCUGAGCUGAGCUGAAUGCUGCACUGUCUCUCAAACAUCGGAUCGAGGGCCUGAUUCUCUCUGCGUGUGUGUGUGUGUGUGUGUGUGUGUGUGGGCAACUUUAAUUGGUUAGAAACUCAUUUAAUUGUGACCAUUAAUGAGGCCAGAUGUAAAUGUCUCAAGUUUGUUCCUUUCACUGUCUUGUGUAUCUGUAGUUCUGCUGUUCUGUUCAUAUCCAUGUUUUAUAAUCUAUCUUAUACUGAACCUAUUAAAUAUAAACACAUUUUAAGUAUGUUUGGUGUUUUUUGAUUUGCACAGUGAUUGUUAAACUCCUGAUGCAUUCAGGUUUAAUGAAGCUUCUGUAUCAGUUUCUUUUGAAAACACCGCCGCAACUAAAAACAUUAAACAGUUGUUUUAACUUCCACA